AUGAAGAUCAUUUGUGCAGGAAUGGGAAAAACUGGGACUAAAUCCAUUACUAAAGCUUUGCGUCACCUUGGCUUCACUGUCUUUGACUCGGAAGAACAAAUCUUUGACUUUAUGGAUCACUGGGUCGAUGUUCUACAAAAUGGCGUUCCACUAGAUGCGAAACGAGUCUAUCAGGAUGCUGACGCGCUCAAUGAUAUUCCUGGAAACUUUUUUUGGGAAGAAAUACUGCAAGCUUUUCCCGAUUGUAAAGUGAUCCUGAGCGAACGAGACGAAGAUUCGUGGGUGAAGAGUAUGGUGAGGCAACUUGAAGCGGUCACGGCUGCGAAAUCACGUAUAAUGUCGAUGCUGUCGCCAACUAUGAAAAAUAUGUAUUUCGUCGGAGAUUCUCUUAUUGAUGCGUUAGUCGGCACUCAUAAUAAGAGGUCCAUCUGUGUUCUCAGAAAGUGCUAUCGUUUGCACCAAGACCAUGUGAAGUCUGUUGUUACCCCUGACAAGCUAUUGGUAUAUAAUGUAAAACAGGGAUGGAAGCCAUUGUGUGAUUUCUUGGGGUGUGAGGUGCCAGAGGUUGCCUUUCCACAUGAAAACAUUAAUGCAGAAGUUGUUCAAAAAUUAGUGUCCUUGGAGAUGACAAGAUUUGGCAGACAAGUGAAAUGGGAACUCUGGAGAGCUGUUCUUGUCAUCACCACCGUUUUUGUAGCAGUUGUUGCGUCAUUUUUCAUUUGCUACUUUUAUUAA